UUAGUAUUUCCUGUGAGCUAUCAGCUGCAUUAUAGCUUGUAUUCCUGAUCACUGUUAUAGAUAGAGAGAUGAUCAAAUCAGCUUCAUUUUUGUGUAUGUAUGUGCACUGCCUGCUCGUGUGAGUGCGUGCACGCAUCUGUGCGCAGGGGUAUGUGUCUAUAAGUCGCUAUAGUGUGACAGUCAGCUCUGUCCAGAUUUAGAGACCUGCUUGACCCUACUUAUAUACUUCCUCUGUUGUGACAAAGUAGGCUCCACCCUAUCUAUCUAUCUAUCUAUCUAUCUAUCUAUCUAUCUAUCUAUCUAUCUAUCUAUCUAUCUAUCUAUCUAUCUAUGCAACUACCUACCUAACUAUACCUUCCCUCCUACCUAACUAUCUACCCACCUAGCUACCUAUCUAUACCUUCCUACCAACCUACCUACUGACUGACCUACCUAUCUCCCAGUCUAUACCCACCUACCUAACCACUGAGCGUUUGACCAACUGACCGACCUACCUAUACCUAUCUAUCUAUCUAUCUAUCUAUCAUAAUAACAGUAUUAUAAUAAUAACAGUGAACUGAACAUAUUACACUGAUUACCUGAGACUUACAAGGUAGGACAAGGUGCAAUGCAACAAAUGCCAGUCUUACAGUCCAGUGUGGCUCCAGUGGAGGGGAGGUUACACCGCAGUGUUCCCAGCCUGCCUGCGAUCAGACUUGACAGGUUGAAAACCGCUAAGGCAUUGGUGGAGAAAGCAGUCAAGUUGAGAAAAGUGUUUUCGGUGCAAGGGCCCUAUCCUGUGAUCCGUGCUGCCUUAUGGGCCAGAGGGUGGGUGGAACGUCGUCUGCCCCCUCAAGUUCAGAGAGCAUCUCAUUGCCAUGGCGAUGAGGAGGAUGGAGAUGAUGCUGAUGCCAGUGCUGAUGUUACUGAGAGAGUUGAUGGAGGGGAGAAAGAGGAGAACCAUGAUGACACGUAUGACCUCAUGUCUCGCCUGGUCCGAAACGAAACAGCACAUUUCUACUGGACGACACGACGGGAUUACAUCGACUGCCGCUCCCUGCGGAAUGACCAAAUGACCAAUCACUUUGCAAAUUCUGGAACUUUCACCACGAAGGUGGGGCUCUGUGUGAACCUGCGAAACCUUCAGUGGUUUGAUAAAGCAGAUCCUGAUACCUUCUUUCCAAGAUGCUACAGGCUUGGAGCAGAGGAUGAAAAGCACGCAUUUAUAGAGGACUUUAGGAGGACAGCCUGCACCAGUCUGCUGCAGCAUGUGGUUGAAACAAGGGGAUGGAGGAGAGUGGGAGCAGAGGUCGGGGAACAAAAAGCCAAAAACAGCAUCUCUGAAAAGUCAGAUAACGCGGCGCAUCGAUCUGUGGGUCCAGAAAUGAUCGACACAGCCUUACACGUGUGUGAAGAGUUUCUCAGCGUUUUAGAGCACGGCGACAUUGAUGUGACUGUGCAGACACCCCCGACAGUGGAGGAGCAGCAGUGGGCAGAGUUCCUGCGAGACUACUACAUGGUUGUGCAUGAAGGUGCACUGAUCAGGGGUAGCUGUGUGUUUGUGGAGCGCUGCCAGGCCAUGUUGACCCGUCUGCAGGAGGCUUGUCCUCAGCUCGACACGGACGGACUAAAUAACAUUUGGAUCAUCAAACCAGGAGCCAAGUCAAGAGGACGAGGCAUUAUGUGUAUGAACCGACUAGAAGAGAUUUUGGCCCUCGUGGACACAAACAGAGUCUUUACCAAGGAGAGUAAGUGGGUGGUGCAGAAAUACCUGGAACGUCCUCUGUUGGUCCACGGCACCAAAUUCGACCUCCGCCAGUGGUUCCUGGUGACCGACUGGAACCCUCUGACCGUGUGGUUCUACAGAGAGUGCUACCUGCGGUUCUCCACUCAGCCCUACACAACAAACACUCUGGACAGCUCAAUCCACCUGUGCAACAACUCUAUCCAGAAGCACUUCCAGCCAUCUCAUGAUCGCCAUCCAGGCGUGCCCCCGGACAACAUGUGGUCCUGCUCCCAGUUUAAGGCUUUUCUGCAGCAGCAGGGCUGUGGGGCGCAGUGGGAGAUGGUGGUGGUCCCCGGCAUGCAGCAGGCAGUGGUCCAUGCCCUGCAGACUGCCCAGGACCUGGUGGAGCCCCGCAAGGCGAGCUUUGAGCUCUACGGAGCUGACUUCAUGUUGGGCAGAGAUCUGAGGCCCUGGCUCCUGGAGAUCAAUGCCAGUCCGACCAUGGCCUGUUCCACUGCUGUGACCGCCCGCCUCUGCCCCGCUGUGCAGCUGGACACACUGAGGGUCGUGCUGGACUGGCGCUCUGAUUCUAGUGCUUACACAGGAGGCUUCAAGCUAAUCUACAAACAGGCUGCGGUAGAUGUUCCUCACUAUGUGGGCAUGAACCUGCUGGUGGAAGGAACCGCAGUAAGGCAACUCAGACCUCUCCUCCAGAGGCAAAGUCUUAUUUCUAAUGCACCUCUCACUACCCAGCUCCCGUCAGACCACUCAUCUUCAGAGGAGGCUGAAACAUCACAUAGUAAUCCGUCACCCCAUAAGCCCCACAUGAUUUCUGCUUUUCGCCGUUCAGACAAAGAGAACAGCGCUAUUGAAGAGAAAAAGAGGCAGCCGACGUCUACGUCCCCAAAGAGGGUACAUGAGGCGAGAACCGACAUUCAGAAUACCCAGAAUGCCUCCUGUGUUCGCAGGUCCUGCCAAAGUCUGGGGUCUGAACAGCCUUUAACGGUGCACACCAAACCUCAGAGGAAAGUGCAACGUUUGGGUUUGCGUCUUGGUGCCAAUGGUCCAACUCUUGUCCCACGGAGUCUCUCUUUUUCGCCCAGCCCUCCUCACAACACGCUUCAUUGUAAAUCUCAGCCCAUUCGAGGCCACGGAUCACACAUCUCUAGAUCCUUCCUUCCCCAGACAGCUUCGGAGCCCCAGCACCAGGCGUCUACCCGGGUCUUUCCGUCACUCCAGGGUCCUCUCCCUACCCUGGAGGUCUUCAGCUUGCGACCAAACAUUGUGGCCGGAGCUGUUGGCUUUCGUAAUACAAAUUCCAGCAUCCACAGGCAUCACUCAUUCCUCCGUCCUCAUAGACAAACCAGGGCCAAAUAUAUAGAAGACUGUGGAGGGAAACAGUAACACUAAUGCUGCUAUGAGGAGAAAUGAUGAUGAGGUUUGUCAGUGACAACAUUGUUAUUAAUUUAGAUAUGAAUUUACUCCUGAUAAAUAUUGUGUUACUUUCUGGUAUCAGGGAUUAAACAUUAAAGCUUCUAUAUGUUUAUAAUUUGUAUGUGAUUACAGCAUUAUCCUCAUGGCGUAAGAUUCUACUUGUUGAGGGGAUUACUUGAAAAAAAGAGAUUUUUAAAAUCAAGAUAAAUGAGUAAAUUGUUACACAUACAUUA